AGGCAGACUGACAGUAUGGCGGCGGGGUGCAGCUGGAAGGAUGCUACUGUCGCCCGUGAUGUGUCUGUCGCCGGCAGGACGUAAAUGGACUAUUGACGGCGAAAAGAGAAGAGGAUUUAGCAAGAAAGGCCUGUCGCCGUGAGCUCCCAAGAUGGCCAGGCUCGCCGACUACUUUGUUGUGGUCGGUUACGACCUCGACAAGCGAGUGGAGGGUGAAGGUCAAGGUCGCAUUCUCCAGCGGUUUCCUGAGAAAGACUGGGAGGACAGCCCGUUCCCACAAGGCGUAGAGCUGUUCUGUCAGCCCAGCGGUUGGCAGCUGGUUCCUGAGCGGCAGCCUGCCUCCUUCUUUGUAGCGGUUUUGACUGAUAUCAACUCGGAGCGUCACUACUGUGCCUGCUUUACCUUCUGGGAGGGCCUAGACAACCCGCAGCUGCAGAAGGCUGAGGCCAGCGAGGUGGAUGAAGCGGAUGAGGAGCCGACUGUUGUCCAACCAGCUAAGGUCUUCGCCCCAAAGAGCCUGGUGGUGGUGUCCCGACUGGAUUACACUGAGGUGUUCAGGAACUGUCUGGGUCUGAUCUACACCGUCCAUGUAGACAGCCUGUCUGUCCCCUUGGAAACAGUGAUCGGAAAUCUCCUCACCUGUGUCAUCCCCAUCGCUGGAGGCUCCCAGACAGAUGAGUCCCCAGUUUGUAGUUUAGACAAAGUUCCUCAGGCCCUGGCCUGUGACUGGCUGCUGGCCUGUCUCCAGCCGGGCCAGGAGGAGAGAGAGGAGAGUUUGAGGACUAUAACAUUAGGCGCUGGCGACCGGCAGGUUAUCCAGACUCCCAUCAACGACUCCCUUCCUGUUAGCGGCAGCAGCGUGGCCCAGCUCUUCAGACAGCUUGGUAUAGUCAACGUGCUGUAUCUGUUCUGUGCUGCCCUGACGGAGCACAAGAUCUUGUUCCUUUCCAGCAGCUACCAGAGACUAACAGAUGCCUGCCGAGGACUGCUGGCAAUCAUGUUCCCCCUGAAAUACAGUUUCACCUACGUUCCAAUCUUACCGGGAAAACUACUGGAGGUCCUGAGCACUCCCACCCCCUUCAUCAUUGGUGUAAAUUCAUUCUUCCGCUCUGAGACACAAGAACUGUUGGAUGUGAUCAUCGCCGACCUGGAUGGAGGCACGGUCACCAUCCCUGAGUGUGUCCACAUCUCCCUGCUGCCUGAACCUCUCCUCCAGCAGACCCAGACUGCACUCUCCAUGGUUUUGGAUCCGGAGCUGGAAAUUGCUGAUCAUGCCUUCCCCCCACAGUCCACGACACCUUCUGCACUCAAGAUCCAGGACAAGGAGAUCCGAGGUGUCUUCCUAUGGCUGUUCGCUCGGCUCUUCCAGGGCUACCGCUGGUGUUUACAUAUCAUUCGCAUUCACCCCGAACCUGUGAUCCGUUUCCAUAAGGCUGCCUUCCUGGGCCAGAGAGCACUGUCUGAGGAUGACUUCCUCAUGAAGGUGUUGGACGGCAUGGCGUUCGCAGGCUUUGUGUCGGAGAGGGGCCCUCCCUACAGAGCCACCGACCUGUUUGACGAUCUGGUAGCCAAUGAGGUGGAGCGGAUACGACAAGAAGAGGCCUGUCCACACAAAGUCAUGAACCACGUUAAGGAGCUCGCCGAGCAACUCUUCAAAAAUGAGAACCCCUACCCUGCUGUGGCCAUGCACAAAGUCCAGCGACCAUCAGAAAACAGCCAGAACUCUGCGCAGAAUCAGACACCCUUUCCUGGGCUGGACGAUGUUGCGGUGCAGCUCUUCAUCGAUCACGCUGCUGCCAAGCUCAAGACUGCACCUCCUGUGGUCAAGGCAGAGCUGAAGGGCAUGGUGCCAUCCGGGCCUCCACUGGGAGAUAUUGUGGACAGGAAUGGCAACGUGAUGGCUAACAGCGCCCGCAGGCUGGAGGUGGUCAGGAACUGCAUCACAUACAUCUUUGAGAACAAAAUGCUGGAGGCCAAGAAGUUGAUGCCAGCUGUACUGAGGGCAUUGAAGGGUCGGGCAGCCAGGGUUUGUUUGACCCAAGAGCUCAAUCAACAUGUCCUACAGAACCGAGCUGUGCUGGAUGACCAACAGUUUGACUACAUUGUUCGCAUGAUGAACUGUACCUUACAGGACUGUUCUCAUAUGGAUGAACAUGGUAUUGCAGCUGCCCUCCUUCCCCUGGUCACAGCAUUCUGCAGAAAAAUGGGAGCAGGUAUCACUCAGUUUGCCUACAGCUGCGUACAGGAGCACAUGGUGUGGACCAACAUGCAGUUCUGGGAGGCCAUGUUCUACAGCGACGUCCAGAACCACAUCAGGGCUCUUUACCUGGAGACAGAGAACGGAGAGCAGCAGAACAACUUGGAGCAGCAGGACGGGUCAGGCAGCGGAAGAGAAAUCAGUGCCCUGGAGCUGGCGUCAGAGCAGAGCCGCCUGUGGCCGACCCUCAGCAAGGAAAUGCAGACGGAGCGCGUGCAGAAGGAGGAGAGCACCGUGUUCAGCCAGGCCAUCCACUACGCCAACAGGAUGAGCUACCUGCUGCUGCCGCUGGACACCAGCAAGAACCGGCUGCUGAGGAGCUCCGGCCUUGGAGAUGUGGAGAGCGUCAGCAACAGCUACGUCACAAACAGUAUUGCAGGCAGCAUGGCAGAGAGCUACGACACAGAGAGUGGCUUUGAAGACGCUGAGAGCUCCGAUGUGGCCAACUCUGUUGUGCGCUUUAUCAACCGCUUCGUAGAUAAAGUGUGCAAUGAGAGCGGCGUGACGAACGAGCACCUUAAGGCUCUCCACACCAUGAUACCAGAUAUUGUUCAGAUGCACAUCGAGACGUUAGACGCAGUCCACAGGGAGAGUAAGAGAUUACCUCCGAUCCAAAAGCCCAAGCUGCUGAGGCCGACCCUGUUGCCUGGUGAGGAGCUGGUGAUGGAGGGUAUGCGGGUGCACCUGAUCCCUGAUGGUCGCGAGGAGGCCACAGGGCUGAUGGGAGGUCCACCUCUACUUCCCGCCGAGGGCGCCAUCUUUCUCACCACCUACCGCCUCAUUUUCAAGGGCACACCAACCGACCCGCUGGUGGGUGAGCAGGUCGUGACUCGCUCCUUCCCCAUCGCCUCUCUGACCAAGGAGAAGAGGAUCUCAGUCACAUUAACCAUGGAUCAGUUUGUCCAAGAGGGGCUCCAGCUACGAUCCUGCACCUUCCAGCUAAUGAAGAUUGCGUUUGAUGAGGAGGUCGCGUCAGACCUGGCUGAGGUUUUCAGGAAGCAUGUUCACAAGCUGCGUUAUCCUCAGCAUGUCCAUGGCACCUUCGCCUUUACAGUGGGUCAGUGCGGCAAGAUGGUGGUGGAGCACAAGACCAAGGACAAGAACCAGUCACUCAAGACACUUUCUAAAAACCUGGUGAAGAGCGCCAAGAGGACCAUCGGCCGGCAGUACGUGACAAGGAAAAAGUAUUCUCCCCCCACCUGGGAGAACAGGAGCAGCUUCCAGUCGGAGCUUGACGAGGAUGAAAUCUCAGUGUCAGAGGAGGUGGACCAGAGCACCCUCACCCUCUCCUCUACCAUCCGCUCAUCAGACAGGCAGACCAUGAGCAAUGUUGUGGAGCGCGCCUGUUGUCGUGACUACCAGCGUCUAGGUCUGGGCACUCUCAGUAACAGCCUGACACGUUCCAAGAACGAGCCUUUCCGGAUAUCGACUGUUAACCGUAUGUACACCGUUUGCAGGAGCUACCCCGGGCUGCUCAUCGUCCCUCAAAGCAUCCCAGACACGACUAUCCAGAGAAUCUGCCGCUGCUACCGGCAGAACCGCUUCCCCGUCGUGUGCUGGAGGAAUUCACGAACCAAGGCCGUCCUGCUGCGCUCAGCAGGCCUUCAUGCUAAGGGGGUGGUGGGCUUCUUCAAGUCCCCCAAUGCUCCUACUGCAGUGCCCUCCCAGGCAGAUUCCACCAGUCUUGAGCAGGAGAAGUACCUGCAGGCCAUCAUCAGCUCCAUGCCUUCUUACAGUGAGAGCAGCGGCAGGAACACACUGAGCGGCUUCACGUCCACACACAUGAGCACCUCUGACUCCUCAGAUAAGCUGAGGCAGCCCAAGAUCGGAGCUCUGAUGAAGCAGGUGAUGGGUGCCAAGGAUGACGUUCCUGGAACCUUCAGCAGAGGAGCUCUGGGUCAAAGGGCGAAAGUCAUCUCCCUCUCUCAGCCCAAAGUGUCUGGCAAGGCCAGGAACCCUCCUAGAGGUAAAUGGGGCAGUAUCCGAGGCAGCGGGCGUCUAAGUGCCUACAACCCAGACGUGGGGACACGUCUGGCCGGGAAAGAGUCUCCGCAGCCCAACGGAGGGCCAAGUGAGGCGCUGUUCCUCCGGCAGCAGAAGGCCUACCUCUACAUCAUCGGGGACAAGGCCCAGCUCAAGGGAGGGAAGCAGGACUCGUUCCAGCAGUGGGAGGUGGUCCCCAUCGAGGUAUGUGACGUUCGGCAGGUGAAGAACAGCUUCAAGAAGCUGAUGAAGGCCUGCGUGCCGAGCUCUCCAACCUCUGACCCCAACAUGAGCUUUCUGCGUUGCCUGGAGGACUCCGAGUGGAUGGCUUUGCUGCACAGGGUGCUGCAGGUGUCCGUCCUGGUGGUGGAGCUUCUGGACACGGGCUCAUCAGUCAUGGUCAGCCUGGAGGACGGCUGGGACGUCACUACACAGGUGGUGUCCCUGGUGCAGCUGCUGUCUGAUCCCUACUACAGAACCUUUGACGGUUUCCGACUGCUGGUGGAGAAGGAGUGGCUGUCGUUUGGGCACAGGUUCAGCCACCGUGGAGCGCAGACUCUGGGCAGCCAGAGCAGUGGCUUCACCCCCGUCUUCCUGCAGUUCCUGGACUGUGUUCACCAGAUCCACCUCCAGUUCCCCAUGGAGUUUGAGUUCAGUCAGUACUACCUGAAGUUCUUGGCCUACCACUAUGUGUCCAAUCGCUUCCGCACGUUCCUGCUUGACUCGGACUACGAACGCAUUGAGCUGGGAGUGCUGUAUGAGGAGAAAGGAGAGAGGAAGAGUCCUCAGGUGUGCAAGUCUGUGUGGGAUUACAUCGACAGACUCAACAAGAAAACACCCAUCUUCUACAACUACAUGUUCGCUCCUGAAGACGACGAGGUGCUGCGACCGUACACCUUCAUCUCCAACCUGAAGGUGUGGGACUUCUACAUGGAGGAGACUCUGUCGGAGGGGCCGUCCUACGACUGGGAGCUGAGGGGCCGGCAGGAACGCAUAGCAGAGGAGACGACUGAGAAACCUGAAACCACUGGCCCUAAAUCGCAGCGGCGCAUCGUGUGGCCAUGUUACGACAGCCUGAGUAAGGCAGUGCCUGACGCCAUCACCAAGCUGCUGCAGGACCUGCAGAAUCUGGAGGCUGAGCUUGGACAGACGUCGGAGAAGUGGAAGGACACAUGGGAUAAAAUCAAGACCACGCAGAGGACUGAAACCAAACUGGAGAGCAAGCCGUCUUUCUCCAGCUCCCUGCUGAUGUCGUCCAACCUAAGCCACCAGCGGCGUUCUCAGGGCGUCUACCUGCAGGAGAGCGGUGUGGGGUCCUCCAUCAACCUGGCUCUGGACUGUGAGGCUAGUGCCACCUCCACGCCUGUCGCCGGCCGGCCGAGCACCAGCACGCUGUAUAGCCAGUUCCAGAGCUCGGAGAGCGAGAACAGGAGUUUUGAAGGUAUUCUGUUCAAGAAAGGGGCGCUGUUGAAACCAUGGAAACCACGAUGGUUUGUGCUGGAUAAGACCAAACAUCAGCUGAGAUACUACGAAACCAGACAGGACAAGGAGUGUAAAGGGGUGAUCGAGCUUGCCGACGUGGAGUCUGUCACAGCAGGAACACCUGCCAUGGGAGCGCCGAAAAACAUUGAGGAGAAAGCCUUCUUUGAUCUCAAGACGACCAAACGAGUGUACAACUUCUGUGCCCAGGACAGCCUGAACGCACAGCUGUGGAUGGACAGUGUUCAGAGCUGCCUGUCAGAUGCCUAAAGACAAGGCGGGACUCUUUCAGGAUUAAAAGCAACCUUGAACGAAUGAGCAGUUCUGCGGCACCUGACGGACAUUUUUGCUGGCCAGUCCCAGCAGAACAGGGAGGAGUAGGGGCCUUUCACCACUAAAGCUCUGUUCUGUUCUCUAGUGUUGAACUAAUAACCCUGCGUCACAACGUUUCAGUGUUUUUGUUAUAAAAAAAAUAAAAUAAUGAAAAAGAAAAAAAGAAAUAAAACGUCCCAGAAGAACCACUCGCUGUCAUAGCUGCAGCCUCUCACCUCCCUGACAGUCUGACCACUAUGUGCGCUGGAUGUCUGUAUGCACAAAAACGAUGCAUAUUAAAGCACGUUGUUGCGUUUCUGUGAGGCGUCCUGCAGCUCAGACCAGCAUGAAGAUCCUUCCAGACCCUCCACCUGUAAACCUCUACCCGCUGCCCCUACUACUAACCCUGCUCACCAUAAACAACACUUUGGGGAGGAAUGAUGGAGGAGCUGCAGUCGGCCCGGCUGCCUACAGAACUCGUGAGACUUGCUCCUUAAGAAGGAUGUAAAAGACUGACUGGUGGGUCGACGGACCAAACGAGCCUCGAGGAACAAGAGGUCCUUUGAGGCCUCUCACUGCCUGAUGGAGCCCACUCAGUGAAUGCAGAGGAGGAGGAGCAUGUAGGGGGAGGGGGGGCUCAUCAACGCUUCAUGAAGGAUUUUCUUUUUAUUUUCCUUUUCCAAAAUCUCAAAUUUGUUCCAGAAAGAGAUCAACGCUCAUCAGCUGUCCUCAGCAGGUGGCGACAUACUGUGAAAGCCAUGAACCAUUCGUAGAGCUCAAACCAGGAGAGCCGGUGGGAGAUUAGAGCCCGUCAGGUAUUGAGAGUGUCGGUGAACCUUCACUGAGAGUGUUUACAAAGUAGAUGAAACUUCCCUCACUAAGCUAAACUCUACGCUGCAGCCACAAUUUUAACCAGCCACUAUUAACAGCUCAUAUUUCUUCACUUCAGACUUUUAAGGGAUGCCGAAGGAAAAAGGAGGGAUUUAUUUUAGUAGUGAUGUCAUAAAACAAUCUAGAGAAGGAGAUCUGGAAGGUUUACAAGAGGGAUACUAAUAAACAGUGAUAUUAUGGCAUGCGACAGUUGUAAGGGAUGGGCAUGGACUCGCCACAGUGUACCGAGCGUUGGAAACAGGAUGUUUGUUAAAGAAAAAUUCUGCUAUUUUUGAGCUGUAGUUUCAUAUUUGUGCCUGUUCUGACUGUGGACUCUGCUAGAUUCACUUUCAGCUUCUCUGACUGCUACUGAGGAGUAUUCUAGGGGUCGACUGACAGUAUCAGGACAGAUACCAAUUAUCAGUAAUCAUUGAUCACUGUAAUGUGGCCAAUCUGGUAAUUGAUUGAUCCCUUAGUGCACAGCAGCGUCAACCAGCCAAAGCGUUCCUAACACACAGAUCAAUUUAAAUGCUUCUCUAUUGAACUCAUGUUGAACUCAUGUUUAGCUACUGUUGCUAAAUGCAAGCCAGUUUGAUGAGCUGACCAGAUUCUGCUGGAGAGCUGCUUGAUGGACUGCUGCUGCCAGACACAUGCAAACAAACUGGUGUGCAAACGAACAGGUAGCUCGUCUGGUUAGCUGCCGUAGCGAAUCCAUGGAGCCACAGUCUGUUUGUUUGGGCUCUGGCAAGCCUUUCAAAUGACUUCGAAAAAUCUAUCAGGAGAUUUGCUCUGUUUGUCCUGAUGUCUUGUAAAACAAGCAUUUCCAAAACUUUUCACAGGCUAAGAAAAACAGUAUUACUGGAGCAUGUUGACAAUGCUUUGUUGUGUAGCUAAUCCCUGAAGCUGGACUCACUGCAGGAGUUUCUGAGCUGAUUCAUUCCGUUUCACCCCUCCCAACAGUCAGAGGAUAAAUCAGGACCUGAUUACCCAGUAAUGUGAGGGGUUCACAGAUCAGUCUGAAACCUCCUGAACUGCUCAGGCUUAUCAGGGCAAACAUGUCUGAUAUUUCUAAGCUAAAAUCAGGAUGGUUAGAUUGUUACAGAAGUGCAAGGAGCUACAAAACUGAAAAACAGAACAACUACGUUGACCACAUCUCCCAAACCAUUUAGCCCUCUGCAUUUGUUUUAUCUCGCUGCUAAUUAUUAUUACCGUUACAGCAAGUUGUUGUUCCACAGACUCCAUUUUAUUUCCAUCUGCUUCCCCAUGAGAUCUCAGGAGGUGCUGCUCUGCUCCCUGAUUGUUCCCUCUGGCCCAGUAGCCUCAGUAUCCUGUAGUUUGUGAUGUACUGUUGUAGUGUGCAAUCUGAGAUUAGAGCAGGAAACCUGUGAAGUUUCUCCUCAUGUGUCUGAUGCAAUCUGAUUACAAAAUCUCUUAGAGUUUCAAAACUCCUGCAGUGUGAGUCUGACCUAAGUAAGACUGAUUUAACAGUAGAAUUUCCUCAACCCGUGAAGGAACUCUUUCAUUUCUUCUAAAACAUGACCAUUAUUGGGAGAGCAUGGUGAUGAGUGCAAGUUAAUCCUGAGCCAUUUGUCAGAGAGGAAACACGAACAUGACAAGAGUUUUAAAAAUGCCACAGUUUUCCUUUAAUGACGUACCAGGUUCCACCACGUCCACUCGCUCUGGGUCUCAGACGUGAAUCUGACGGAGGGGCUGUUUCAGAUGCAGCACCGGCUUGUACAUAGACGAGUCUACGCCUGCUAGUUCUAGAGGAUCAGUAUGUUUAGCUAGAAGGUUUCAAACUUCAGGUCACUUGUUUAAUGUCAGUGGUUUGUCCGAGUGCCCCCCACUUCUCCACUCACACGAACCACUCUGACCCACAUGUGUUAACACAAACCUGCUCUGUAAAAUACGGUUCUACUGCUGUCUUUGAACAUAAAAUUUGAAAUUGUAGAUUUUUUUUGUCUAAUAACUCCUUUGUAUAUACUACUCCAGAUUUGUAUGUAACGUUUAUGGUAGUAAUUUAUUUAACUUGUCUCCUCAGUAAAAAAAGUUCCUCAAACACCACUUUAUUUUUAAAUUAGGAAUUCAAUGUGCCAUUUGUUUAUUUCUUUAUUAAUGUGACUAAUGCUUUUUUGUUGUUGUUGUUUUUUUGAAAAUGUACAAGUAAACCCUUGAUGUCUUCUUUUCUUUUUUGUAAACACAGUUGUCCUUACACAACACAAACCAUUAAUGCAAAAGUGGAAAUGGUGUGUUAGUGGCAGAGGGCUGCUUUUUAAAGGUCGGUUGGAUUUUACUGUGUUGCUCACACACAGUGGUGGGAUGUUCUGGAUGUAGAUUACAGUCUAAAUAAAUGUCAGACAUGUGAAGUGUUCCUGGUGCUGGGUUCUGCUGACUGGCCUGAUGUUGGCUCAGCACACUCCAUCUGGGUCCAGUAAAUAGUCAGUGACGAGAUACAGAAAUGUUAAUUCUUUGGGCUAUAGUGUGAUUAACUGCUGAAAAACAGGAUAAAGAUGCAUUGAGUGGUUUAAAGUUUCAGGUGUUUUCCUCCUGACACAGUCACAGUGUACUAACAGGCCUACAUGUUGACGUCAUAGUUUAUCAAAAGUUUUCUGAAUUAAUUGAGUUAUUUGAUUUACUGGUAAAGAAAACUAGUAAAUACUCCCAUUUCUUGCUCACUUAUCUCAGAGGGAAGCAACUUAACUGUUCCUGUGAAUAAUUUUUCAGUGUUUUUCUAAUAAAAUAGAAUACAGCUGUUACUGUUAUAGUCAGGAUUUCCUGACAGUAGCUGACUGUGUGUGGACUUAUAAGCAUGCUGAUAAUGUUAAACCCUCACUCUGUUCACAGCAGCACCACUGCUCUGUUCCGCAGGUCAGCUGACCAACAAAACUAAAAAGUACAACAUUGCGUUCACACGCAGUUAAGACUCAGGUGACCUUGUGCUCCUUAAAAUAAUCUUCCGCCGAGGACCAGAUGGACCGAAGCGACAGCAGGAGUCUCUGCAGCAGUCAGAACCAGCCUGUGGGAAACGCUCAGUGUGUCCUUGUUUUGACUGCAGUCUAUGUUCAGUCGGCCUCAGCUCACCUUUUCACUCAAGUUUACUCAUCUCUCCGUGGUAACGCUCUACAACACACAAUUGCUACAUUAACCACAACAAUAUGACAUUUUUAUUUAUUUGGGGUUUUUUUGUUUUUGUUUUUUUUUAAAUAGAAAUUACCUUCUGAGCCGGGUUAUGUUGUCAAUCAUGUCGAUAUAGUUUUUAGAAUCCAAAUAAAAACUGUGGGUUUAAAUGUU